UAUGACAAAAAAAACAAUUAGAAAAGAUGCUAUAGAUAGAAAAGAAAUUGAAUUGAAACAUCAUAAGAAAUUUGAUACUGAUAAAAUGGGAAAUAAUACUGGUAAUGUAGUUUUUGACGCUAGCUAUCGUGAUCCCCCAAAAAUAAAUAAGAUUCAUAACAGAAAUAUAAACAAAAUACCUGUAAAAUCCGAGAAAACUCAAAGAGUCUUUAGGAUAAAAGGAUCUACUCCUCCGAAGAGAAUACCGCUCAAUUGCCUCUUACCGUCAAAACAGGCUGAAAUACGAAUGAAUUCUAAUGCUUUUGAAAGAGAAACAAACGCUUUUUAUUACCAGAUUGAAACCUCUAAAGAUCGAUUAAUUAAGACUAAUAUUGAAAAGAAGUCAAUUGGGGCGAAUUUACAAAAAUCUUUGAAAGCUAAACAUAGAGGAAUUAUAAAACAGUCAUCAGAUUCAAUGGAUUUUGCAUCAGCCUUAAAGGAAACAAGGUCAGAAAAUAUUGAUCCAAUUGAUGGAAUCGUUCCACCAAAUAAAAAUCGAAACCAACUAAAGAUUGAAAUGGAAUAUCCUAUUGACUUGGAAGGAGUCGAGAUAAGUGACAAUUCAACAAGCAAGUCUUUUGUUGACGAUGAGCGUAUUGACUCCUUUCCAAAAGAUACUUUUAAUCCAAAUUCGGCAAUUUCUCAGAAAAGAAUUUCUUUAAGGAAGAAUCAAGGUGACCUCAAACCAAACGAAUUAUUUAUGAAUGAAACAUUUAUUAGCCAAUCAAUUGUUUGCCAUAAAGAAGAUAUGGAUGAAAAUAGUUAUCAUAUGAAAACAGACGGACUACUAAGCUCUAACGAAUAUCUCGAGGUCAAUAAAUUCAAACGAAAAAAUCUUUUACAUUCAAUUAACAAGCAAGAAAUUAACGAACAAAAAGUCAAAUGUGACUGCAAUAAUGUUCGUUUACUUAGCGAAGAUAAGGAAUGUAAAUCAAAUAAAUCGGAAUUCUUAUCGUACGAACAACGAAGAUUGUGA